GUUGGAGAUCAGAUAGUAUACAACAAUAUUCUUCCACAAUAUAUGGAUAUUAUUAACAUAAAUCAAGCUUCAGAUCUGGAUCUUUUUGAAGGAGACAUUAAGUUAGAUAAGAAAAAUAUAAGAAACACAUUGAUUGGAGAACAAUACAGAUGGCCUCUCAGAGUCCCAUACUACUUAGAAGAUGGUCUUGAAAUGAAUGCCAAAGGGGUCAUACUGAAAGCAUUUGAACGCUACAGACUAAAAACAUGCAUCAAUUUUACACCAUGGAAUGGUGAAAAAAACUAUAUUUCAGUAUUUAAAGAUGAUGGAUGUUAUUCUUAUGUCGGGAACUUACAGAAUGGAAAACAACAGCUUUCCAUUGGGUCAGGCUGUGAUACAGUAGAAAUAGUUCAACAUGAGCUCCUCCAUGCAUUGGGUUUUCAUCAUGAGCAAUCACGGUCUGACCGCGAUGACUAUCUGACUAUUAUGAUGGAAGAUAUUCAGCCUGGCAAAGAAGGCAAUUUCAAAUCAUAUGACGAUAAAACAACAAGUUUUCUAAAUGUCCCAUAUGAUUAUACAUCCAUUAUGCACUAUGCGAAAACAGCGUUCCAGAAGGGUAGCAAUCCAACAAUCAUACCCAAGAAACCUCAAUUCACUAAUAUAAUUGGCAAACAAACGGAUUUAAGUGACGGUGAUGUCCUGAAGCUAAACCAACUCUACAAUUGCAGUUCUUCUUUAACGUUUCUGGAUUCAUGCAGCUUUGAGCUUGAUGACAUUUGUGGCAUGCUGCAGAGUUCAAGUGACACUGUCGAUUGGCAGCGUAUUACUAAAGUCCCUAACGGUCCAAGUUCUGACCACACAACCCUAGGAAAUAAAAAUGAUUCUGGCUAUUUUAUGCACUUCACCACGAGCACGGGUAAGUCUGGAGAUGUGGCUAUACUUGAAAGCAGACUAUUCUACCCAGUAAGAGGAUUUCAGUGCUUGGAAUUCUUUUACUAUCACAAUGGUAAUGAGAAUGACCGGCUUAACAUCUGGAUCAAGGAAUACACACCUGGAUUCCCUAGUGGCUCUCUGAAAUUUAUGGGCUCCGUACAUGGUAAACCUGCUGAGUACUGGCAGCUCCAUUAUUCUUCAUUAAAUGCAACACACAAGUUUAGAUUUGUAUUUGAAGGAGUAAAGGGAAUUGGAAUUUCCACUGGCGGUUUUUCAAUUGAUGACAUCAACUUGUCAGAAACGGAAUGUCCUCAAAAUAUCUGGCACAUCGGAAACUUUGCUGAUUUACUCAAAGUUGGCAUAGUUUUCAGUCCCCCUUUCUACUCUAAAGAUGGUUAUGCUUAUCAGAUCGUAUUAUCUAAAUCUACAAUGCAAGACUCGUCCAUCAGCAUUGCAGCAUUUCUGUAUCUGAUAUCUGGAGCCAAUGACAAUACCCUCCAAUGGCCAUGUCCCUGGAGACAAGCCACAGUAGAGUUCCUGGACAAAUAUCCAAAUGCUCAACAGCGCACCUCAAGUAUGAAGAGUAUUACAACAGAUCCAAGUCAACGUACAUCAGAUGGUUCCAACUUGCUAUGGGAUAACCCUACAAUAGUUGGAAGUACAAGCGUAUUCCCCAAUGGAACAUUUUACAAGAUUUCUGGAGGGUAUGGGAAGUAUCUAUUUACAUCUGAAGAAUGGCUCUAUCGAAGAGACUUCCUGAAAGGAGGAGAUGCAUUUAUUCUUAUAUCCAUGGACGAUAUUUCACACCUAAAGCAGUCUCAACCAUUGCCUCAGCCAACCUCCCCACCACCCAAGGUUCCGGUACUUUGCAAAGAAAAUAUUUGUAAGAACAAUGGACUCUGUGUUGUUGAAGAUUUAAAAUCAGUGUGCAGGUGCAUAACUUCUGGAGACUGGUGGUAUGUGGGUGAGCGAUGUGAGACUAGGGUCUCCAGUGAAGGCCACAUGUGGAAAGCGUCUUCCAUAUCUCCACUACUUUUUGCAUUGUUCACAAUCUCUUUUAUGAACACUACAUAAUGUCAGAUAAAUAAUAACGGUUUACAUAAUCUGUAAAACAUGUAAAAUGAAAAAAAAAAAAAAAAACAUUUUGAUAAAGAGCACAAUGCCAUUGUUGGUAUCAAUCAAAAUUACAAUUACUGUAUCUACCCACCAAAAAUGUAUUUGAUGAUUAUUUUAAUAAUUUUGCACAUAAUUUUUUUGAUCAGUAUGACUAUCGGCCUUGCUACAGCUUGCGUUAAGUAGCUCUGCU